AUGCAAUCAACUCCCAAUCAGACUCGACGUCAAAGUGAAGCUGCUGAUUCUAGAACUGGCCUCAACGACAAAAAGCGAAAACAUUUCGAGCAGGCUGUGAAGAUUGUUGAAAAGAACAAGCGGAAAAAGGCUUUACGGUGUGUUUACCCCCCAACGAGAUUUUCAUACCAUAGAAUAGCAGUUUGCAGAGCCGCAGCCAUACAUGAAGAUCCUUCGCGCAAGCCCGUCAUUGAGAGGUUGAUGGCAAUUGCCAAAUACUUUCGCCGUACCAUCAAUCCAUUUCUCGCUCUUCAGACAGUCAUUUAUGAAGGUCUCAAGGCUGAGGGCAACGCGGACUGGGAUGCAAUACUACAAGAUGACCAUGAAAUGAAUGAAGUUCCCCAAACCGAAGAUGAAGAACAAGCUGCGGGCCUUUGCACAGAAGUCUUUGAGAAGCUCAUUAAAACUCGACCGCUUAUGAGCGACUUUGUUGAUUAUUGCGCAGAGACUGCAGACGCCGAGGGUUUCACCAACAUCAUAAAUAAGAUGAGCCAGGUUGCCAAUCAAACUAUCUACAACGAUAACAAGAUGCUCAAGCAGAAUAUACACAAGUUACUCAGCCCUGAUCCCUUCACACGACAAAGUGCCAUUCAAGAUCUGAAGUCUAACAAAGCGGACCGUGGUCUUAACAACGACCUAAUUUGCAAAUAUUGGAUUAUAGAUAGUGAUAUCGUUAAAUUCAGGGAUGGUGACCCACUUGAUCAAGAGCACAUACUGGAACAAUACCGCGGGGACGAAGUUGAAAUUACAGCUGACAAUAUCCCAGCAUUUUGCUAUGACGUUGAUGCUGUGAAGUCUAGGGAACGUGCAUCUGGUCUCUUCAAAUCUCCGUUCCUCAUUCGUGUGAGUCCCAUUACUUUUUCUAGUAAAUUAUUACUCAUGAAAGUGAAUCGUGUCAAGGCAAAACAGAAGAAGGCCGACAAUGCUCAAGUUAUGGGUAUAUCUGCCAUCACCCCCGAGCUGAUUGCAUACACCGCGGUAUUGGCUCGAUUCGCUAUGUCUACGGCUACCUCAUGGGACGAGCACGACGGUUCAUUUUCUUAUAGUGACUUCUACGAGGCACUCCUGGAAUAUUUUUACGAUGGCCAGAAGGCAUUCCAGGACGAGAUCAUUGAGUUUUGGAAUAUGCACCUUUUUGCGCAUGAGAAAGGCCGGGUUGAUCCGCCGAAGACACGCCGUCGACCUGCACAAGGUUCUGGUCGAGAACUCCUCAAGCGCGAGCGUGCUCGAGAACGAGCUGUUGCUGCCGCAUACGAAGACGCCCGUAGGAAGGAGGCUGAGGCCGCCAUGGCCGCAAACACUGCUGCGGCUACGGCUGCUAGCAGUGGUAGUGACAGUGGGAAUAGCGAUGGCGACGUAUAG